UUCCUUUUCCGCUCGAUCAGCCGAUCAUCACACCACUGGUUUGUAAACAAAUGAUUGUGUCUGCCACUGUGUGUGUGAGAGCGGCAACAUCGGAGAAGAGCGACUAGUUGGGCGAGAAAGGACUUUUCAAACUUUUCUCAAAUCCGGAAGUUUAUCUAACAAUAAAAUGGCAGCAAAAGUGAAUGAAAAUGGAGUACAUGGACUGGAACCAGCUACAAAGAAAUGCCGAGCAGAAUUAACAGAGUUACAGAAGUUUGAUGAAGUUUUCCAACAGCUUGUUGAUGACAUUACAAAGCAGGGGCUGAAAGAUGGAGAGAUCCAUGAUGCUUUCAAGUGGUUUAAAGAGGUAUGUGAAUACAAUGUACCAUUUGGUAAGAAGAACCGUGGCAUGGCAGUAGUGUCCUCUUACAGAUACCUGGUUACAGAGGACAAGCUGACAGAGGACAAUCUGAACAAAGCAAGGAUCUUAGGCUGGUGUGUGGAAUGGCUUCAAGCAUUUUUUCUUGUGGCAGAUGAUAUUAUGGAUCACUCUUUCACGCGUAGAGGAAAACCUUGCUGGUAUAAAAAGGAGGGAGUAGGUUUGAUUGCCAUAAAUGAUUCUUUCUUCCUUGAAAUGUGUAUCUACCAGAUUCUGAAGAAAUAUUUCAGAGAAGAAACUUACUAUAUUGAUAUAGUAGAAUUGUUUCAUGAGACCACAUUGCAGACUGAAAUUGGUCAAAACCUGGAUCUCAUAACAGCUCAAGACCAUGUGGACUUCAAUAGCUUUUCACAGGAGAGAUAUAACGCCAUUGUCAAGUGGAAGACUGCAUUUUAUUCAUUUUAUUUGCCUGUUGCUUGUGCAAUGUACAUGGCUGGAAUAUCAGAUUCAGAGUCUCAUGCCAAUGCUAAAACAAUUCUCCUGGAGAUGGGUCAUUUCUUUCAAGUACAGGAUGAUUACUUAGACUGUUAUGGUGAUCCUGCAGUCAUUGGGAAGGUUGGAACAGACAUCCAAGACAACAAAUGUGGCUGGCUCAUAAUCCAGGCAUUAAAAAGAGCAUCUCCUGAACAGAUCAAAAUUUUAGAGGAAAACUAUGCUUGCCAUGAUGAUCUAAAAGUAGCCAAGGUUAAAGAAAUUUUCAACCAGCUGAAAUUGUCAGAACUCUAUACACAAUAUGAAGAAGAAAGUUAUCAGGAUUUGAUGCAGCUGAUAGAAAAAUAUAGUCAAAACUUACCAAAACAGAUGUUCAUAGCCUUUGCAAAAAAGAUUUACAAAAGGAAUAGGUAGAAAGGUAGAUUUUAAUUUUUAUGUAUUUAAUAAAUGUUCAUAUGGAUUUUCAAACUGAUUAUACCCAUACAAAAACUGAUAUAUAAUAAAGGGCUAUGAAAUUCUUGCUCUUUCACCUACAGCUUUCCUUUGGAGGAGAAUCUUCAUCAUACAUUAUUUUUCCUUUACAGUUGCUUUACUUAUAAAUUUGAUGUAAUGACAUAAAAUAAAACUAGUUUUUUGUCAAAAUUUA